AUGUUCAAGACAUGUCUUCUCUUCCUGGCCGGUGCCGCGAUACUUCACGCGGCUCCGACUCCGAGCCCCACGGUAAGUCUGACUCCGGCCCAAAUCGAGGCUGGCUGCACCUUCCACAUGAUUCCGUUCCAUCCGGAGUGUCACGUUGCGGACAGUCAAGACAAUACUCUCCGCAUCGGAGCCACUCCGGCCCCAACCCCUAUCCUCGGCAUGGGAUGUCAUUUAGAGGAUGGUAGUAUCAUCCCGGAUUGUAAUCUACAAUUCGGUGGUGGGCCGCUUGGGCACGCCAUCGACGGAUGGAUAGACAGGCUGCUUUCUGGUCAUCACCAUAAACACCACAAGACUAGCCACCAUCUAUCAUCCACCGAAACGUCAAAUCAUAUGCAGACCACAACGAAGGGCCAUAAACACCGCAAGACAAAGAGUCAUAAGCACACCACAACCACAGCCAAUAUCCCGACCGAGACGACAAGCCAUGUGCCAACCACAACCACAAGCUCUCUUCCGACGGAAACGACGAGCCAUAGGCAGCACAAAACGACGGCCCCUAUGCCAACUCAGACAACGGGCGUAUCGACUGAGACAACAACCCACAAGCACUCCAAGACAAAGGGUCACAAGCAUACCAAAACGAAGGGCCAUAAGCACACCAAAACAACGAUCGAUAUCUCAACCCAAACGACAAGCCAUGUGCCAACCACAGCUAAAAGCUCUCUUCCGACCGAGACAACAAGCCAUGGGACAACCAGAUCAAAGAGCCCCAUGAAGACAACAACCAAGCAUGAGCACACCAUCUCAACACUCUCAAACCCAGGAAAGGACAGAAAGGCCCUAGAAAUUGGUCUCGGUGUUGGACUGGGUGCUGGUAUCCCCGGCGCUGCUCUCCUCGGAUGGCUCGGCAAAAAUAUCGCGGCGGCUAGAGGUGCCCCUCACAUGUACAAGGAAUGGUCGCGUUCCAUGCAUGAGUUCCAGAUGAAUCGUGUUCAAGAUUGGGUGGACCAGAUCUCGGAUCCCAAUGCUCAGAGUGGCUCCGAUAUCAGCGGCAGCGACGCAGACCUGGGAAGCGAGGUAGCCGACUCUGUAGACGAGUUGUACAACACGUUCCGUGAGCAGGGCUACGAUGCCAAUGAGGCCAUACAGAUUAUGCAGGAGCUCGAGGACUAUAUAGCUCCGGCAGAAUCUUCCGUGGGCGAAAGCGCUGGAGCCUCUUCCGUGGCCGAGGCCGCUUCUAGCCUCGCCGAUAUCGACUUGGCGGGCGUCCGGACAGCGGCGGACGUGGCGUCGUCGGGAGCGAGCCCCGAAGCGGUAGCUGACGCCCUCUUACGGGCAGGUGUACCCGCCGGUGAUGUUGCAUCCACAUCGGAAGCUGUCACUGCCGCAAUCAAUGCAGCACCCAGCGGCUCGCUGGGUAACCCGGCGUACAGCGCGGCCCUCAACGUUAUCUCGAAGGCUGUUAACCCCCAAAGUGUAGCUGCGGCCGAAGCAGCAACAGCCGCAGUUGAUGGUGUAAGUGGCGAGGCUCUCGAACCCUAUCUCAGCUCUACUGGUAUUCCACUGCACAAUCUGGAAAGCACGGCGGCGGCCGUGAAGGAUGCUAUCCGAGAAGCAUCGGCCUCCGGAUCAGACCCUGUCCGUGCCGCACUCGAUACCAUUACACACGCUUUCCCUCCUGGUUCCUCAGACACCAGCUCUGGUGCCAUCCCCGCCCCGAAUACAGCUGUUUCUGAGGCUGUCCUUGAUGUCAUUGGAGCCUCGUAUAACUUUUGGCAUGGAUACUCGUAUGCUGUCUAUGAUACCUUUCAGAAGCUCGACGGUAAGGCGCACUCGAAGACUCUGGAAGACAUCCUUGCAAACGGCCCGCCACCAGCUAUGGAGCCUUACAGGGGCAUCGCCUUUCCGUACCGUCGUGGAAAACCCCAAGGCCACAGCGACAAAUCAUCGAACGGAAAGCAUGAGAAAGGCUCCGACAAGCCAACCAGCACGAGCUCAUCCCCAAAGCCCACGUCUUUGAGAUCAUCGCCGACCGUGAAAGGGAUUGUCAAGCCAACUAGCACAGGUUCAUCUACUCCACCAGCGGCUACACAACCGGCUCUACCCGAUGUGGGUGAUUGUAUGGCUAAAUGGAACAAGGAGACACUCGAGGUCCGGGCCAGAAUUAGCAAGCUUCUACUUGAGCACAUAUUUACAUACCUGAGCCAGCCUAAGCCCAUAUAUCUGCUGUACCUCGGACGCACUGCUGUAGCCUUCAAAGAGUUCAACAGGUUGUGGCAUGCUGUCCCACUUGCAAUAUGCAGGGUGAAGCAAGACCCAAACACUCUUACACACAUUGGUCCAAGCGGGAUCUCGCAACAGGCUACCAUCGACGCGUUACUGGGCAUAUGGAGCGUGCUGCCGGAAGUCAAUCUGGACCAAUGA